AUGUCUUAUAGUGCUGAAAAAAUUGAAGGUAGUGAUGAUCUUUUAACCAAGAUUUUACUACUCCUUCCUGCAAGGCCUCUUUUCAGGUUCAAACUUGUUUCGAAACGCUGGAGUUCUCUCGUGUCCAAUCCCCGUUUUUCUUCUCUCUGGAAGCCUCAAUCUUUCCCAACUCUACUCAUUCUACAGUCGCCUUUUCUCGAUUACCCUUGUUAUUACAUUCCUGAUAAAACAAAAUCUAAAGCUUCUAUUAGAUUCUUUGAUUUUAUAAUAAAAGAUGAUCCCUUUGAUGAUGUUGUAAUUUUGAAUUGUUGUGGUGGUUUACUUCUUUGUCGUAAGAGGCAAUUCGAUGAGUACAUUGUGUGUAAUCCAACUACAAAGGAAUUCCAUACUCUUCCGAGUCCAAAUGUGGGGUCACUAGACAUGAGUUUGGCCUUUGAUCAUUCGAUAUCGCCUCAUUACAAAGUUAUAAAUGUUGGGAUCCAAUUCUCGAGUAAUCCCAAAGAUAGUUUAUUUUAUUGUCUCCCUAUUGAAAUAUACUCUUCAGAUACCACCUCAUGGAGGCGAUCACGAGUCCAGUUUCCAAAAGCAUUUUUGAGCUAUUUGGGACAACGUAAGGGAGUUUUCUUCAAUGGAGCUAUCUUUUGGAUCUUUAAAGGGGUAAAUAGCUUUUGUUAUUUUGAUACUGAUAAGGAAAUUCUCCACUCUUAUCAAUUGCCUGAAAUGAAUGAGCAGUAUUACUGUGGAUGCGUCUGCGGGAAUUUACAUCUGGUUGGCUCUUCAGUCAGUGAUUCACAUCAUAUUGAUGUCUUUGUAUUGGAAAAUGACUACUCUUCUUGGAGCGCAAAGUAUUGCAUUGAUCGACAUGAACCAACUUCAUGUGCAAUUCGAGAAAUGAUUUGUAGUUCACCGGGACUUACUUCUCUUGAGUUUACGUUUAGUGUGCUUUCUCUUAUGACAAGUGAAAUAACAAGCUACCAUAUUUGA